CCGGGCUGGUUGUCAAUAUAGACCGCGGGAAAAUUAGCGCAGCGAAGAUAAACCUGACACCGCAUUGGGCAAACAAAUCUGGAUGGUUUUGGUGAAGAACUACAAGCAGCUUGCGUUACGGACUAUUAACGGCCUCAAAUCUUGCCUGGAAAUGAGAAUUCGACGAAGCUAGACUUUCUCCUUUGUCGGUAUAGUUUGGGUGAACACACCGACUGAUAGAAGGAAACUAAAUGAUUGGAAGAGGAAGCAAAACGAUAACCUCCAGUCGGGGAUCAACAACCGACCGGGUAAAACCUGAGAAUAUCAAAGGUAGAAAGGCAACAUCACAAACAUUUGGGCCACAGGCUGCUUCGGAGAAUCAACACUAGAGAGCUGGAGCGCCAACCGGCUGGGAACACUCCAGUUUUUUCUCCCGACCCGCACUCCGUCAUUCCGACGAGAUGUAAAGACCAUGACUUGACUGUUGAGGUAAACCACGCAGCGCUCAGGUUUGACGGUGCCAGUGCCGAAUCUUAAGUGCUAAUCCUCAGGUGUAUAGGUGGGUACGACAUGGGUAAUGACACGGUUCUAUCGACUAUCGCACCUGUCCACUUGAACCUCACAACAACACCGAUCCAACACCUCCCCAGUACCACAAAGAUGUAUAUCCCUGACGAGUUCGAUCUGUCGCCCGCUACUGAACGCAUCUUCGUACCUGUCAUUGUGAUUACGCUCUUCGUCGGACUCCUAGCCAAUGCUUUGGCCGUCUUCAUAACCGCCAAGUGUGCCAAGGAAAAUAAAGAACACAAACUAACUAUCCCUGGCAUACUGGUGAGGGCCCUGCUGGCUACAGACACGAGCGCAACAGUUUUCUUCUUCAUCCGAGGCUGUUGUUUGACCCUAUACCGGGACACUUGGAUACAGUGCAACUUGGACCUAGCCAGCAACCUUUUUUUCUCCUGGGCGUCCGGGCUGGUGAAUUUAUUGAUGAGCUGCGACAGGUGCCUGGCGCUGGGCGCCCCUUUCUUCUACCACGUGCACGUUACGCGCAGUAAAACGUACCUCACGCUAACGUUGUCUCUUCUAUUGGCGGGGGUCUUGAGCCUACUGCCUGUGUUUGGAUUCGGAGCGUACAACAUUUACAUCCAAGGAGAGUACCACUGCUUGGCACCCGGUGACCUCCAAUUCAAAGCCACGGCCUUCGAUUUCAGUUUUAACGUCAUAUUUUUCACGCUGGGGUUGGGCAUCCUUGUUAUCACUUAUAUCGCGAACUCGGUGGUGCUCCGGCAACUCUUGAAGUUGAGGAGGCACUUUGUGACCGUUCUCGACUCCGAAAUGUCGAGAGUACAGCACUCCACGGAGGGUGAGGUGCAUCUGAAAGAUGGAACCUCAGGAGUGGGGACAAAAGCCUUCUCAAGAAGUGUCACCAAGAAUAGCAACACCAUUCCUCAGUCUAACGCCAACGAGAGAACAGGUGGAUACGAUUACAUGCCUAAAAACAGCAUCAGUACAAUAGAUUUAAGGGAUGAGGGGGGACCCUCACGUCCGAUGAGCACCUCACGCGAGAGGACUUCGAUGCCCAAGCAACCUGACACGGGAAAAACAGAGAUGAGGUUCGGUGUGAUGAUCCUUGUCUUUUCUAUGGUAUUCACGCUGUCUUGGUUACCAUUUUACAUUCAAAGACUUGUCAAGGCCGUCACCGGCUCCAGCUCCCAGCUCGCUCUUGUCAUUGUCAUCUACCUGCUGACGUUGAAUCACGUGAUUGACCCAUUCGUCUACGUCCUCAUGAAGCGGCAGUACCGCAAGAAGCUGGAGCAACUCGGCCGUAGGUGGCGCUCUCUACUCUGCCAGCGUUGCCGUGGUGAUGAGGCUCCGUCAUCCACCCCUGUUAUGAGGAGCAUUUCCAGCACUUUUUACGGGAACCGCCAAAACAGCCUCGGAACAACGAUCACCUCAUGCACCGUGACGGCGGGAUACGGUACUGCCCCAAGGAAGGGGCUGCACCUACCCACGAUUCAAGUCACUGCAGCCAGCCCAAGCCUCGCUAGCGAGGUCAGUCACAUGGCUUCAUCGACGGAAGCCGUGCUUGACGAGGCUGGGUCACUCUACUCAGGGUGUGCAGAUAUCCCAUGACUACAUCUGCUGGCAUAUUGUGGACCUACGCCUUGAGGAUUCCAACCUUGGGGACCGCUGUAUACAAGCUUGGGG